GGGAGUAGCAUCCUCCACCCAGCCACCCCUUCCACUCCCCAACGGGGCAGCUGCAGCUGAGGGCUGUGGCGGCGGUGGUGGCGGCGGCAACUGGGGACGGCGGAGACCGCCUCUACUCCCGCCUCGGUGAUAAUUUUAGUGACCCAGAUUCAAGCAAUAAUAUCUUCCUUUGGAAAUACCAUGUGGUUUUGUCAGCUUAUGUUCUAGUGGAAGGAAGGUUUCUCCGUGUGUGCCAGCUGGACCUUUUGGAGAAUGUUACUACUCUCUUUCCACUGAAAUGUUAGACCAAAGGAAAACAUACAGCUAACUGUUAAAUUCACAUUUCCUAUGGAUGAUGUUUUGAAGCUCAAAAGGAACUUUGAACAUUUUAAGCACAGCUGAGCAGAGGUUCCAAAAGCAUGUAGAGUCCAUGAAGUACAGGACAAUAAAUCUUCCUACUCAUACCACCAAGAGGAUCUCUUUGAAAGAUUCACUACAGGACUACCAGAGACACCAAUUUGUCUGACGCAUCAUGUGUUGAAACAACAGAAGGCAACUACUUUUGCACUAGCUAGAAACAGAGUUACGAUGUUUUCAAUUCUUUGAGCUCCAGGAAGCCAGGGGAGUGAGUUGAAAAUCUGAAAAUGCGGCCAUGGACUGGUUCCUGGCGUUGGAUUAUGCUCAUUCUUUUUGCCUGGGGGACCUUGCUAUUUUAUAUAGGGGGUCACUUGGUACGAGAUAAUGACCACCCUGAUCACUCUAGCCGAGAACUGUCCAAGAUUCUGGCAAAGCUUGAACGCUUAAAACAGCAAAAUGAAGACUUGAGGCGAAUGGCUGAAUCUCUCCGGAUACCAGAAGGUCCCAUUGAUCAGGGGCCAGCUUCAGGAAGGGUUCGUGCUUUAGAAGAACAACUUUUGAAGGCCAAAGAACAGAUUGAAAAUUAUAAGAAACAAACUAGAAAUGGUCUGGGGAAGGAUCAUGAAAUCCUAAGGAGGAGGAUUGAAAAUGGAGCUAAAGAGCUCUGGUUUUUUCUACAAAGUGAAUUGAAGAAGUUAAAGAAUUUAGAAGGAAAUGUACUCCAAAGACAUGCAGAUGAAUUUCUGUCAGAUUUGGGACAUCAUGAAAGGUCUAUAAUGACAGAUCUCUACUACCUCAGUCAAACAGAUGGAGCGGGUGAUUGGCGGGAAAGAGAGGCCAAAGAUCUGACAGAGCUGGUCCAGCGGAGAAUAACAUAUCUUCAGAAUCCCAAGGACUGCAGCAAAGCCAAGAAGCUGGUAUGUAAUAUCAACAAAGGCUGUGGCUAUGGCUGUCAACUCCAUCACGUGGUCUACUGCUUCAUGAUUGCAUAUGGUACUCAGCGAACACUCAUCUUGGAAUCUCAGAAUUGGCGCUAUGCUACUGGUGGAUGGGAAACUGUGUUUAGACCUGUAAGUGAGACAUGUACAGACAGAUCUGGCACCUCCACUGGACACUGGUCAGGUGAAGUAAAGGACAAAAAUGUUCAGGUGGUUGAGCUCCCCAUUGUAGACAGUCUUCAUCCUCGUCCACCGUAUUUACCCCUGGCUAUUCCAGAAGACCUUGCAGAUCGGCUUGUACGAGUCCAUGGUGAUCCUGCAGUGUGGUGGGUGUCCCAGUUUGUCAAAUACUUGAUCCGCCCACAACCUUGGUUGGAAAAGGAAAUAGAAGAGGCUACCAAGAAGCUUGGCUUCAAACAUCCAGUUAUUGGAGUCCAUGUCAGACGCACAGACAAGGUGGGAACAGAAGCAGCCUUCCAUCCCAUCGAGGAAUACAUGGUGCAUGUUGAAGAACAUUUUCAGCUACUUGCUCGAAGAAUGCACGUGGAUAAAAGAAGAGUAUAUUUGGCCACGGACGACCCUUCUUUAUUAAAGGAGGCGAAAACAAAGUACCCCACUUAUGAAUUUAUUAGUGAUAACUCUAUCUCUUGGUCAGCUGGGCUACACAAUCGAUACACAGAAAAUUCACUUCGGGGUGUGAUCCUGGAUAUACACUUUCUCUCCCAGGCAGACUUCCUAGUGUGUACUUUUUCAUCCCAGGUCUGUCGAGUUGCUUAUGAAAUCAUGCAAACACUUCAUCCUGAUGCUUCUGCAAACUUCCAUUCUUUGGAUGACAUCUACUAUUUUGGGGGCCAAAAUGCCCACAACCAGAUUGCCAUUUACCCUCACCAACCUCGAACUGCAGAUGAAAUCCCCAUGGAACCUGGAGAUAUCAUUGGUGUGGCUGGAAAUCAUUGGGAUGGCUAUUCUAAAGGUGUCAACAGGAAACUGGGAAGGACGGGCCUAUAUCCCUCCUACAAAGUCCGAGAGAAGAUAGAAACGGUCAAGUACCCCACAUAUCCUGAGGCUGAGAAAUAAAGCUUCGAUGGAAGAGAAGGACAACUAAACUCAGUUCAAAUCAUUUGAGCCAAACAGUAGAUGAAGAAGGCCCUGACCUUACAACACAUGGUGAAAUGAGUAGACAACUUCAAGCACCAGGAGCAACUGGAAAUGACAGAUGCUUCACUGGUGGAAUUACUCUUUAAUGAGGGCUACAAACGCCCUUAAACUCAUGCACAGUCCAAUAAUGUACUCACAUAUAACAUACAAACAGGUUGUUUUCUACUGUGCCCCUUCUUUCAAGAUUAUGUCCCCAUGACAGAAACACUGCCACAUUGUGUAAUUUAAGUGACACAGACAUUUUGUGUGAGACUUCAAAUAUGGUGCCUAUAUCUGAGAGACCUACGUGACCUAAUGAGAAGACCCGAAUAGCUCCCUACUGUGGGGAGGUUGAUUCUUAGCCAGUGGUGCUAUUGUAACCACUGAAUUCACUCCAAUCAGCAAAUUCAGAAUGAGAAUGGAUGUUUUUGUCUGGAAUUUUUUUUUUUAAGUAAUUGCAUCAGUUCAUCCACUUCAUCAUUAAUAAGUGAAGGAUACAUCAGAAAAUAAAAUAUUCACACUCCAUUAGGAACUUUUGUAAAACAAUGCCAUGAACGGAUCUUUAGUACUCAAUGUUUCUGGACAUUCUCUUUGAUAACAAAAAAUAAAUUUUAAAAAGAGGAA